UCGCGGACCCCGCUCGCUCGGGAUUCACGCCCGCGCCGUCUGCGUGCGUAUACGGCUUCGUGUCGGCGGCGCAGACAGCCUCGCCUCAAACCCAUUUUCCCAGAUUACAUAAACUGCAAAACAGAGCUGCGAAAAAAAAAGAAAGAGAACUGAGUUCGUUACAGAUUGAUGACUGCGUAUACUUGUCAAGUAAAACCCCGAUGUGGCGAGGCCACUCUCGAAAACUCAUUCGGCAGACCGGACGACAUCGUUGCCGCGGAGACGCUUGCGAAUCACGUGCGGUGUAACAACUCGUUCGUACACGCCGUAUUCCAAGCGCAGUUCCGGUCUAGUCUGACCUGUCCGAGAUGCCACCGGCAGUCGAACACCUUCGACCCCUUUCUGUGCGUGUCGGUGCCGGUGCCGCAGAAUCAUCGGCAGAUGAAUCUCUACGUGAACGUUCUCUACACGUCGCAGCAGCCGCGGCAGGUCAAGAUCGGCGUGAGCGUGAAUCAGGCGGCCAACGUGCGGGAGCUACGAGAGAUCCUGGCCAGCGACACCGGCGUGGACGAGAAUCACAUGCUACUGACCGAGAUCCACGACGAAGGAUUUCACAGAACCUUCUCUGACUGUCAGCCUCUAUCCGUGAUUAUGGAAAACGAUCCACUUUACUGCAUCGAGCUGCCGCAAUUGAAAGAGCCUACGGAGCAAGCGUACAUCCUGUUGGUUUGGAUCAACGUUCUCGUGAAGGGGGAUCUGAGGCAACGUUUCGGCAGCCCGUACACGAUGCAGGUGUCACGCGAGACGUCCUACGAGGAUCUGCAGAAGCUCCUGCUCAAAGAGAUGCAUAGCACGUUAGCGGACGACGUUCUCACGACCAGCCAGAGUCCGGGGCUCUUCAACAUCCGUGUGGCGGAUCCGGCGGCGACGCCGAUCCAGGACGAGCAUCCCUGUAUCGAUCCCUGCGUGGAGCAUCCGCUUUAUACGGAGCAGAUCGAGCAAGCGUUGGCUCUUUGUGCCGACGACUCGGGUCCACAACAUGUGAAGCUGAUCCUCGAGUGGGAUGAGGCCACCAAAUCCAAUAUUAUACAGGACGACAGCGAUCAGAUCGAGGAGCACGCCAGUGUGAAACAGUUGAAAACUAAUUCCGAACUGGGCGGCGCGGUCACCCUGGAGGAAUGUUUCGAUCUAUACACGCGGGCGGAGAUACUGGGCGCGGAAGACGCGUGGCAUUGCCCCUACUGCAACAAGAAGCAAGAAGUCGUAAAAAAGCUAGGUCUCUGGUCACUACCCGAUAUAUUAGUCAUACACUUGAAAAGAUUUCGUCAGCAGUCUAAGCAACGGUCAACGUCCAAGCUGACUAUGCUGGUGGACUUUCCUUUGUACGGCUUCGACAUGACGCCACAUCUCGCUCACAAUGGCGUUCAGACGACGCAUAACAAUGUCACCAGCUUGGGCGGCCUGGGAUGGUCGCCCUGGAAAAAACCGCGACCGCGGCAACACAAUAUCCCCAAGUACGACGAGAAUGUCUACGAUCUCUAUGCGAUAUGCAAUCACCAUGGGCAGGAUCUGCAGGGCGGGCAUUACACGGCGUUUUGUAGAAAUCCGUAUGAUACGCAGUGGUACUGUUUCGACGACACGCGCGUAGAAGCAGUGAAUGACACGAAUCUGAUCACGAACGCGGCGUACAUGUUGUUCUACCAGCGAAGAGGCCUGUCCAAUAACUCCACGGGAAAUUCGUCCGCGGCGUCCACGAGCUCGACUGGUUCCGGUCUGGAUCACUGGGUGUCGAAAAUGCCGCCGUUUUAUUUCAACAACAAGAGCACUAGUGACGUAACGAACAACAAGCAAAGUAAAUCGCAAGAGAUACUAUGCCAGGAGAAGAUUGUCGAGGAGAAGAACAUGACCAACUUCACCAGAGGCUGCGGCAAUUACGCGACUCUGCAGCCGAAGAAGAGAAACGCGGCGACGGAAACUGAUAUUGGGCAGAUCGAUCACUACUCAGAUGACGAAGCACCUUGCAGAAGAGAAUGGGCCUCUCCGAAACCUAUGCGAAAGACCUCAUCCAUCACACUGACGCCACACAUACCGCCAGCAAUAAUUCAGACUGCUAGCAGUGAUCCAAAUACAACGGUGAUACACGAAUCCACGUUGUAACACACGAUAUAAGCCAGACUUCUCCGUCUGGCUCGAGCGAU